AACAGGCUAGGGACAUGGCUCUGGUGAGAAGGAUCAGUCAACCCAUGGGAGAGGACUUGAUCCAAAGCGCUUUAGCUUUAAGCUGCUCUACUCUCCCCUCUUCUCACGCUUACAUUUACAAACCCUUUUAAAUAUAGCUCAGUGAUUCUGUGGGUGGACCAAGAGGGGACAGUGCUGCUUUAUAAGCUCAGGGAUGCCUAGAUGAUGGCAACAUUUGAGAAGGACUGUCCCUUAAACAGGUCGGUGGGAGCGUGUUUUUGCGCAAGAGAGCAAAAGAAGCACUCAGGAAGCUUAAGUCAAGAAAGUGGUAUCAGAACUGGCCCUACAAUGGAAACAAGUGAAAAACGAAGCCUUACAAAUGAACCGAAGAAGAGAAUCAUUAAGCAUCCAGAUCACAUCAAACCUCAGCCCAAUGUCAUAGACGAGGAGGAACUGGACAGUGAAGUAAUGGCUGGAGAGGCGCUGGAGAGGAGAAACGCCUGGGAGCCAAGCGUCUUCUACUCAUUAGGAAUGGAAAGCUUCUCCUUUGCAGGCCAUGAGAUCAGCAUCCGUGAAUCACUGGACACAUAUGGUGCUCUCAUCUGGCCCGGGGCAGUGGCUCUCUGCAGCUACCUGGAAAAAAAUCAGGAGCAGUUCAAUCUGCUAGAUAAGGCAGUGCUGGAGCUGGGAGCAGGGACAGGACUCGUGUCCAUCGUGGCCAGUUUAAUGGGUGCAUGGGUGACAGCCACAGAUCUGCCAGAGAUCUUGGACAACCUGAACUUCAACCUCUCACGCAACACACGGGGCCGCUGCAGGUACACACCGCAGGUGGCCCAGCUGACCUGGGGGAAAGAACUGGGCCGAAAAUUUCCCAGCUCCAUCUACAACUACGACUACAUCCUGUGCGCAGAUGUCGUUUAUCAUCACAACUGUCUGGAUGAGCUUCUCAUCACCAUGAAGCACUUCUGCAGGCCCGGCACAAUCCUGCUCUGGGCAAACAAGAUCCGUUUCCAGACAGACCUGCUAUUCAUCGAAAAUUUCGAGAAAGCCUUCAACAUCACGCUGCUGGCAGAGAACACAAAGGACGAGGUGAAAAUCUUCCAGGCCACGGCACAGCCGGAGUGAGAGAGAGGAUACCAGAAGCAAAGAAAUAAAAACGGAAAACCAUUUAUAGACUGAAGGAAAAACCCUCUGGAAGUAUAUAUUAGGGCUGUCAAACUAUUAAAAUAAUUACAUGAAAACAUUAUUUUAUAUAGUUAAAAACAUACAGUUCAUCAGAAUAUAUUUAUUAAU